AUGGCCACCCCAGCAAAAGCCAAACCUGAGGGCAUCUUGGGACUCUCUGCCGCCGAAGCCAAGAUCCUCAUCCUAGGCUUUCUCUGCAUCACAGACCAAUACAAGAUCGACUACGAGAAGCUCGCCAGCAAAGGCGGCUACACAGCUGGCUCUGCGAACGUUAUGUUCAACAAGGCCAAACGCAAGCUCGUCGAGCUCAACCCCGACAACAGCACCGAGAAUGGCUCUUCCGCUGCCGGCGAAGCCUCGUCCUCGAAGUCCGCAACGGCCACGCCCAAGAAAGGUCAAGCUAAGCGUAAGAAGGCUGCCGCAGGUGCGGAGGAUGGCGGUGCCGACGGCGAGGAAGCUGCAACGCCUACCAAGCCCAAGCGGCAGAGAAAGACGCCUGCGAAGAAGGGGGCGGCUGCUAAGGCUGGAGCUGACAAUGUUGAGAAUGGAAACAGUGCCCCUGAAGUCAAAUCCGAACCUUCCAAGUCCGAAGACAUCAUCAAAAAUGAAAUGGAGGAAGGCAAUAAUGAUGACUCGGAGCUCACGAUCAAAGCUGAGCUUGACGAGGUCAUGAACGAUGCGGACCUCGAUGCAGAGCUCGACGCUUUGGAUGCUGCCCAGGGGGCCGUGAAGGCGGAGGAUCACACUGCAUAG